AUGGCGGCGCAAGGCAUCGACGGGGUGGCCGCGCUCAAGGCCGGCUCUGCCCUUCCCGAGGGCAGAGGAAGCACCUUCUACCCGCUCUUGGUGGUGAACUCCAUGUCCGCUUUCAACAAGGGUGGACCUAUGCCCGUGGAGGUUCCUGAGGAUCCAGCGGCCCUGGCGACGGUGAAUGCCGUGAUAGCCAGCGACGAGGAGAAGCAGGCCGUCCUUGAGGCGAAGGCUGCUCACGACGCCGCCUUGGGUGACGUUGCGGAUGUCCAGGGCCGCUACAAGGUGCUGGAGCGCGAACUGCAAGGCCUACGUGACCAGCUUGUCGAGGAGGCCCGCGUCCGCCAGGAGAAGGAGGAAGGCAUGAAGGCCCGCGAGGCGGCUGCCAAGGACCGGGACGCCGAGCUUGACGAACGCCAAGGCUGCUUGGGCGUGCUGGAGCAGGUGUUGGAGGCGAAGAAGAUCGAGCUGGAUGGCAAGGCGCGGGUCCUAGGCGAGGACCGUGUGGCCUUCACGAAGCUGGAGGUGAAGGCUCGCAUCCUGCUGAAGUCGCUGUACGACAGCGGCCUAGAAAGCCCGCUGGCUGGCGCCGAGGAGGGCCCCACCAAGCCGCUUCUCUUUCUGCCGAUCAUGAGGAUUUUCUGGAUAUGUUGUGUGACAAUUUACUACGUGCUCAACAGCGAAUCAAGUCUCAGGCAGAUAAACAUCGUCAGGAUCGGGAGGCGAGGAAGUUUUACUCAAGUUAUAACCCUAUGCACAAUCAUCCUUGGUCAAUCGCCCGUGUCGCAACUGAAACCUUUCACUGCCAACUACUCUUCAGUGUUUCAAGAGCUGCCAGACCCACCUGAUUUAUCGGUUGUCACUCUCCAACCAGAGGCUAUUCUGGAUCGUCGCAUGGUGAAGAAGGGCAGCAACGCCAUUCUGCCACCAAACCCGAGCCUCGCAAUGGUGCACAUCCAGCCGCUCGAGGUGUCUCUCGAGGCCGGCAACCUCGCCGACCCCGCCGCGGUCGCGCUCGAUGACGACGGCCGCCCGCGCCGCACCGGCACCGUCCUCACCACAAGCGCGCACAUCGUCACCGCCGUCGUCGGCUCCGGCGUCCUCUCGCUCGCCUGGGCCACCGCGCAGCUCGGCUGGGUCGCGGGUCCCACCACCAUGGCGCUCUUCGGCGGCAUCGUCUACUACAGCUCCACGCUUCUCGCCGACUGCUACCGCACCGGCGACCCGGCCGCCGGCACCCGGAACUACUCCUACGUGGAGGCCGUCCGAACCAUCCUCGGCGGCGCCAAAGUGAAGUUCUGCGGCGUCAUACAGUACGCCAACCUCGUCGGCAUCGCCAUUGGCUACACCAUCGCCGCCUCCAUCAGCUUUCAUGCCAUCACGAGGGCCAACUGCUUCCACAGCAAGGGGCACGACAACGCGUGCCACACCUCCAGCACGCCCUACAUGAUCGGCUUCGGCGCCGCGCAGAUCGUCUUCUCUCAGAUACCCAACUUCGAUCAGAUACGGUGGCUCUCCGUCGUCGCCUCCGCCAUGUCCUUCGCCUACUCCGGCAUCGGGCUCGGGCUCGGAAUCGCCCAGACCGUGGCCAACGGCGGCUUCGGAGGCACCCUCACCGGCGUCGCCAUCGGCACGGCGGGCGUCACCGUGAUGCAGAAGCUGUGGCGCGUCCUGCAGGCGCUGGGCAACAUCGCCUUCGCCUACUCCUUCUCCAACGUGCUCAUCGAGAUCCAGGACACCAUCAAGGCGCCACCGCCGUCGGAGGCAGCCGUGAUGAAGAAGGCCACGGCGCUGAGCGUGGCCACCACGACGGCGUUCUACGUCAUGUGCGGGUGCAUGGGCUACGCGGCCUUCGGCAACGACGCGCCGGACAAUCUCCUCACCGGGUUCGGCUUCUACGAGCCCUUCUGGCCGGUGGACGUCGCCAACGCCGCCAUCGUCGUGCACCUCGUCGGCGCCUACCAGGUCUUCUGCCAGCCCAUCUUCGCCUUCGUCCAGCGCUGGGCCGCCGCCAGAUGGCCAGAGAGCGACUUCGUCACGAGGGUGGGGCCGUUCGCGCUGAGCGCGCUCCGGCUUGUGUGGCGCUCGGCGUUCGUGUGCCUGACCACCCUGGUCGCCAUGGCGCUCAUGGGCGCGCUCUCGUUCUGGCCGCUCACCGUCUACUUCCCCGUGGAGAUGUACAUGAAGCAGCGCGCCGUGGCGCGCGGGAGCGCGAGGUGGCUCUGCCUCAAGGCGCUCACCGUCGCCUGCCUCGUCGUGUCGGUGGCCGCCACCGUGGGAUCAAUCGCCGGCAUGGUCGGCGCGUUCAAGGUGUUCCGCCCUUUCAGUGGCUAG